CACUUCUUCUUCUCCCUUCGCGGAAAACCCUAGUUCUAUAUUUAGGGUUUCCAGUUUUGGCCUGUAGAUUUUGCUCCUCCUUCUACUCUUUUUCGCUACUUACCUUCACAAAUCUUGUUCAUUUAAGUUGAUUUUUGUUCUCUUUGGCUUAUACGUAAUCAAUUUUUAUAGUAACUGUUGUUCACUUGCUUCGAACCUCGAUCUGUGAGUUAACCAGCUAUGGACAUCCGAAAGAGAAACAGAAACGAUGCUGGUGCCAACGCCAAUGGCGGUGUAAAGAAAUAUGAGCCAGAAAUGGACUCCUUAUCAAGUGGUAUAGGAAGCAAAUCAAAGCCAUGCACGAAGUUUUUCAGUACUGCUGGCUGCCCCUUUGGUGAGAACUGCCAUUUCCUUCACUACGUCCCUGGUGGCUAUAAUGCUGUGGCUCAGAUGAUGAAAAUGGCACCAGCUCCAUCAUUGAGAAAUACUGCAGCACCCCCCAUGUCCAAUGGAAAUGCUCCUGCUGUGAAAACCAAACUUUGCAACAAAUACAACACAACCGAGGGAUGCAAAUUUGGAGACAAAUGCAAUUUUGCUCAUGGGGAGUGGGAAAUUGGAAAGCCUAUCAUGCCUUCACAGGAGGAUCCACGUGCAAUGGGGGGUGGACCAGUUCCAGGCCGUUUUGGUGGGCGGAUAGAGCCUGCUGUUUCAGGACCUGCUGCUAGUUUUGGUACGUCAGCCACUGCUAAGAUCAGUGUAGAUGCUUCCCUGGCUGGAGCCAUCAUUGGGAAGGGUGGAGUGCACUCUAAGCAGAUUUGUAGGCAGACAGGCGCCAAGCUAGCAAUCCGAGAUCAUGAAACAGAUAAAAAUCUCCGAAACAUUGAGCUAGAGGGCACAUUUGAACAAAUUUCACAGGCUAGUGCCAUGGUAAGGGAGUUGAUCAAUAGCCUUGGUUCAGUAGGUGGCCCUGGAAGAACACCUGCAAUUCCUGGUGGUGCUGCUCCUCCAGGUAGCAACUUCAAGACAAAGUUGUGUGAGAAUUUUGCUAAAGGGUCUUGCACUUUUGGAGACAGGUGCCACUUUGCUCAUGGUGCUGCUGAAUUGCGGAAAACAGGUGUGUGACCUUGAUAGGCUGCUUCGCUCUUUGUGGUAUCUAGCUUUUUGGCACGCCCAAUUGUGUGAACCAUUGUAUUAUUCUCAAUUUUGGGCUCUGGUUAUGCAAUACAACUUUGUGGGAGGAACUGGGUUUUAUUCUGGUAUUGAGGCGUUUUUGAUAUUUUAUAAAAGCAGAAGUUCUAGUUGUAGUAAUGCAUAUAUCUCUGAUUUCUUGUGCUCCA